GUCAACGGGAGGGACCUGGGAGUCAACUUUACCCAACUUUUACGCACAUUUUUUAUUUUUGAAAGACUCGUAUUUUCAUUUUUUCCCCACGAGCUGAUUUUUUUUUUUUUUUUUGCCAACAUUUUAUUAUGAAGCUCGCGGGAGCUGAAAUGAAGGUGCGCCUGAAGGCAGACUUUUUAACGUUAUUCCUCUAUGGAUUUUUGUUGGCACCUUAAUUUAAAAACUUACCUCGGUCUUUAAAGUUAUAGCCAAAACCGUAGCGUCAUUGGAGGCGUUCGGUUAAUACGGACGUCAAUCCGGUGCCAAGUUGCUGAACAGGAGAAAGAAGUUCUCCGCAUGAAGCGUUGGAUUAAUGUGAACUAAAACAAAGAGUCGACACUGCGAAUAUAAUCUGGACUCCGUCAUGUGUAUUUGAAAAGUUUCCCCGAUCCGAAUUGAUUUCGUUCGGAAAAGGGGAGACUUUCAUGGAUUUUUUAUGUGGGACCCGCUAGGAUGGACGUGGUAGAUGAAACAGAAGCGUUACAGAGAUUUUUUGAAGGUCAUGAUAUUAUCAGUUCUCUGGAGCCAGCCAACAUCGACACCAGUAUCCUGGAAGAGUACAUCAGCAAGGAGGACGAUAGCACUGACAUCUGUUUCUCAGAGGUCCACAGCACCCCAGGACCAAAUUACUCAUCUCCCCAGGCAGGAGUGUCCUCCUCUGGGGGGCUGGUGUGUGGUGUGAGCCCACCUAUUCCACUGCGCCAAGGAGCCCCUCCGCCUGGGCCCCAGAACUGUCAGAACGCCUACCCCCCAGGUCCAUCUCUGGGCCUCCGACACAACUACCUCUGCCUGGGACAGCAGCAGCAGCAGCAACAACAGCAGCAGCAACCACAGCAACAGCAGGCUCACGUCAAGCCUGAGCACAGGGGCCACUACGCCCCAGGGACACUACCUGAGUCCCCCCCAGACUCCAGCUCAGAGCCAUACUCUCCUCAGCAGGUGAAUGAUCCCCACAUGAUCAGGACCAUGACACCAGAGAACAUGUGUCACAUGACUCCAACGCCACCCCUCCCACCACACGGGCACUAUCCCAGCAUGCAUCGGGACAUGUACCUGAAGCCCGAGCCCAUGAUAUCACAGUAUCCCAUCGGUCCAGCCACAAGCGGCAGUGGAGACAUGCAGCAGAAUCAGAUGCUCCAUCAGCUUCUGCAGCAUCCUCAGGGGCAGGACGGCAUUCCUGUUCACCAGGCCAAGAAGAGGAAGCACUCCGACUCUCCCAACAGCACCCUCAAUUCCCAAAUCCUCACAGGUAUCAUCAAACAAGAACCAGGUUUAAUGCAGGACGCAGACAACGCCUACCUGGACCCAAACUAUCAGUGCAUUAAGUGGCAGCCUCACCAGCAGAACAAGUGGACACCGCUGUAUGACGCAAACUGCAAAGAGCUUCCAAUGCCUACCUACCGUGUUGAUGCUGACAAGGGCUUCAACUUCUCCCUGGCUGAUGAUGCUUUUGUUUGCCAGAAGAAGAAUCAUUUCCAGGUCACAGUAUACGUAGGCAUGCUGGGAGAUCCCAAGUACAUUAAGACAAGUGAGGGCCUGCAGCCCAUCGACUGCUUCUAUCUCAAACUCAACGGAGUGAAGGUGGAGGCCAUGAAUCAGUCUAUAAGUGUGGAGCAGUCACAGUCUGACCGCAGCAAAAGACCCUUCAAACCAGUGCUGGUCACGCUGCCCGCAGAGCAGGUCACAAAGGUCACAGUGGGGCGGCUCCACUUCAGCGAGACCACAGCGAAUAACAUGAGGAAGAAGGGCAAACCGAACCCUGACCAGAGGUAUUUCAUGCUGGUGGUGGCGCUGCACGCACAGUCCCACAAUCAGAGCUACACUGUGGCUGCCCAGGCGUCUGAGAGGAUCAUCGUCAGGGCAUCCAACCCAGGCCAGUUUGAGAGCGACAACGAAGUGCUGUGGCAGCGCGGCCAACUGCCAGACUCAGUCUACCACCACGGCAGAGUCGGCGUCAACACCGACCGGCCGGACGAGGCCCUUGUUGUCCACGGCAAUGUGAAGGUCAUGGGCUCACUGGUGCAUCCGUCUGACAUCAGGGCCAAAGAAAAUGUCCAGGAGGUCGACACCACAGACAAUUUGAAACGGAUUUCUCAGAUGAGGCUGGUCCAUUAUCAAUACAAGCCUGAGUUUGCUGCAACCGUGGGCAUAGAGAACACUGCAGAGACUGGAGUCAUCGCUCAAGAGGUUCAGCAGAUCUUGCCUGAAGCAGUUAAGGAGGGGGGUGAUGUGGUGUGCGCCAAUGGAGAAACUAUCCCCAACCUGUUAGUGGUCAACAAGGAGCGAAUCUUCAUGGAGAACGUGGGAGCGGUGAAGGAGCUGUGUAAGCUGACAGACAACUUGGAGACUCGUAUAGACGAACUGGAGCGCUGGAGCCGCAAACUGGCCAAGCUGCGUCGCCUUGACAGCAUGAAGAGCACCGUGAGUGGAGGCACUGUCAGCCAAUCAGGGAGUUACUUCAGCAGAACAGGAAGUGGCCCGCUCAAGAAGAAGACGGUCAAACCUGGGAGCAAGAAUUCACCUCCGGAUCAGGGCUGCAUCAGCCAGAGGUUCAUGCAGGGAACCAUCCUGGCUCUGGUCAUUGUCAUGGCCUUCAGUGUAAUUUCCAUGUCCGUCCUGUAUGUGUUGACUCUUCACCACAGAGGAGACGUCACAGAGAAAGAUGGCUAUGUUCCUUCCUGUGUUCUCUACAUCUCUUGGAUGCCCAUCUUCACUGCCACUGUAACUUUCUGUCCACCUGUCUGCCCAUGGUCCAGAGCUGCACUGGGAUCAGUACGCAAGAGUCCAUAUACUCCGCUGUCCACCACCCCUGCACCAGCCUGCUGUUCAACUUCAACCAUAAACAACCAAUCAGCGACAGUUUUGACACUGAGUAACAACCAAUCCACAUCAGAUUUAGGCAGCCUGGUUCCCACACCAGGCUAUAGUAAUCAGAAGGGCAAAUCCAGAUCAAUGGACAAGGACCGCAGCAAUAGAAACCGUCUGAGUCACACCUCGGCGCCUUUGUACUUUGCCAAAUCUAAAAAGCCGGUACCCACAGAUCUGGGCGGAGUGGGAUCUACCAACCGCCUGCCUCCAGGUCAGCCACCACAGCCACGCAGACAACGCAGCGUACGCACAAAGGGAGGUAGGUCAGCUCCCUCUCUGAGCAGUCUGCAUAUCGUGGAGACCAACCAAGAGAUCACAGCACAAAGUUGCGCAACACCUGAAAGCUGCAGCUACACAGUGUCACUCCAUGGAAACAGGAAUUCCUCCAUCUCACAAAUCACUUUGCACAUGAUGUCCACGAUCAGCGUGUGGGUACGACAAUGUGGAGCCACAAAGGGACGCUUGUGUCCCAACCACACAGAGAGAGAGCUCUUUGGUGGACAGAGUACAUCAACAAAGGGGACUCAUCACCUGUGGUCUGUGCCUGUGCUGUCCUUCCAGGACGUCACCUAUCACUUCCGUGUCUCCCUGUCUAGUGAAGUGAGCUGUGCCACUGAAGGAGAAACCUCUUCAUACUCUGACUACCAUUUUCUCAUUCUGAGCAGCUGUGUGUGAGCAGGAAGAGGACGUUUCCCAGUACCUUCACAGUACACGCAUUAUGCCACAUUUUUCCUUUGUGGUUCCAUUUGUACGCUGUUGGAUGGGUUAGGGUUUUGUCGCGGUAUUGUACAUUAUUUUUAAAGAUAUUCAUACAGAACAAACUAUAUACCACUGUCCCCUCUGUAAUUCCCUCCAUGUGUAUAUGCAUUAAGACAUCUCUUUUUGCUGAGUUUGAAACACUGUUUUUUUUCUUCUGUCACUGGAAAUGUUCUAGAUCACUGUAAUACGACUGUGUUGUGCCACUGUUAACUGAGUCCAUGAGUUUAUAGCUUUUUUAUUAAUAAUCGCCAAGUCUUCCAUACUUAACAAGCCAUCAUUACUUUUCAUCAGAACUGAAGUUUCUAAAUGAUGUCCAGGCUGAGAUACUGUAGAUGACGCUGCACACAUUUUUGUUUCAUUUUUUAAAUACAUUGAAUCUGUACGUACACUGAAGCCAGUGUCGACCGAAACAGAAACACUUGUCAAUAGUUUUAUACACUGGAGAGAAGAUCAUUGGCCUCUGCUACAGGCCUCAGUGAAUGCUUGCAACUCGCACUGAAAAUAUACCUCAGUAGUGCACACUGGCAAAUCCUGAGUCUCUACAGUGGAGCAUUGUGUUGCUGCAGUCGACUAGACUGUCUGCUGUCUCCUCAUGCAGCAUCUGACUGAACACUGCACAGAGGAGGACCCACUGUGCAGUAUUCCUAUUGUGACAUUAAAAGAAACAUCAAAUUGUUACAUUAAAGGAGCAGUGUGUAAGAUUUAGGGGGAUUUAGUGGCAUCUAGUGAUGACAACUGCAGAUUUCAACCAGCUGAAAGUUUCUUCAGUGUUUGUUGUUAAUGGGGUUUUUACUGGGUGCCAAAUUAUUCACGGAGGUCUCCUCCUCUUCAAAACAAACAGACCUAGUGAUUCAAACUGGUGAAAAAACUAAAUAAAGCCAUUUCAUGUUAAGAUCAGUGAUUUUCCACUGCUCUCAUUGCAGAAGGAAUAACUAUGGUGGCUGAUGCAGUAUGUGGAUGGCCCUUUCUAGAACCAGUGUUUGGUUUAUUAGUUCUGGGCUACUGUAGAAAUGUGGCGGUGCAACAUGGCAGUCUCCAUAGACAAGAACCUGCUCCUUAUGUAGAUAGAAACACCUCAUUUUAAGGUAACAAAAGCACGAUUCUUAUUUUCAGGUGAUUAAACACUAAAGAAAACAUACUUAUUACAUCUUAUUCCAUCUCUUCCAAUAAAGCCCUGUAAAUCCUACACACUGGACCUUUAACUAAGUAUGCAAAAGCAUACUAUUACACAGAAACCUAUAUUAUUAUCCCUCAAAUGUAGGCAUACAAGUCACAGUUAUUUCAGCAGAUUCACUAAAAGACAUGCGGUAAGACUGAGUAAGUAAACAAAUCACUGGAAAUGAACACGUAGAAACACUGACAGCUUUUAGCAACUGGUGGAGCUACCACAAGUCCAACACUGACAAUAUUUCAAGAAACACUGGAAGCGUUACACUGUAUUUUGCAAACUGGACAGAAUGCUGGCGAGGCAAUAAAUGGCAUAUAUCAUUUCAGGUGCAUGCCCAAUCAUUUCUCUAAAAUGAUGCGUCUCAGCUCAAAGGCAACCAAAAUCUGCCUCAGCUGUGGAAAUUCCAUUUUAAUGACUCGAUCAUGGAGCUGAGAAGGAUUUGCAUUUAUUUACGCACACUGCAGAGAUAAAAUUGGAUCUUGUACACUGGACUGUUUCAUGAAUUUCUCUGGAUAUUUUGAAUAAUUUUCCUGUGCCUAUACAAUUAAGAAUAUGCAGUGAUAACACUUUGAGUAUAACUGAAUUGUAUGUAAUUGUAUGUUGUUGUUUUUUUUAGUAUCCUGUCUUGUUUUAAAUCCAUUCUCCACUUACUCUCACCACCCUGUUCUUGUUGCUUUUGUCAAAAAUGAGUUUUUAAAUCCAUACUUGUCUGUUUUCAGGACGAAAAACAAAAUAGUGUAUCUUAAAUGUAAAAUCAAUAUUAAAUAGGAACAACAGCCAUCUGACAAACAUUUAUGGAAUUUAUCAUAUAUUAAGUCACUGUAAAAUGCUUUCAGUAUACUUAUUAUGACUUCAGUGGGUAUAGUGUUAUAUUUUAGCUUAUUUAUAAUGCACCAGCUAGCAUAAUGAAACCACUGUAGCACUUUUUGCACUGUAUAUAUGAACUGCUUUUGCUCUAUCCAGUGCACCAGACUGUUUCCACGUACUUUGGUAGAACUGCAAAACAUGUAACUGUAUAGCUUCAUUUUGUUACUACCAAUGCUCCUUUUUAUCGGAUGUGUUUUACCAUAUUGUUUUUAUAGUUGCUGUUUUUGGAGGGGUUGUUGUAUUAUCAAUAAUAGAUUAACUUUUUGCUAAUGGAGCCCAGAAAUGAUUGACAAACAUGUAAACACACACCAGUACAUUUCUAAUUUUAGCACUAUUUGUUAAGAGAAAAUGCCAUAACACUAUAACUCAUUGAGUACUUUAAAAGGGAUAAUUAGAUUUUUUUGAAGUGGGGUUGUAUGGGUUAGUUAUCCAUAGUCAGAGUAUAACAUACAAUAAAUGUCAGUCAGAACGCAUCCAAUUUGGAGAAACAGGCUGGAGUCUGAUACGGAGGCUAAGCAAUGAACUGCUGUGGAUGGGGUCAGCAACAAAAUGUCUUUUUGCUACUUAAAUAAAGUCCCACUUUAAAAAAACAAUUUAAGUUUAAAUGCACGCUAUGUUGAAAGAAUUGACAGUGCUUUAUCUUAAAGUCAGACAGCCUGUUUUGAUGAGAAAGCUGUUAAAUUGUUUGGUUCCCCAUCUUUUCUGUCAUCAAAGCCACCAGACUCCAUAGAGAAAAACAGUGAUUUUAGCUCGAUGAACACGGGAGCUGCUGGUCUACUGCUGCCUCUAUCCCCUGCUCCUGUCAGUUAGUUUGCAUUAUUGUGUAACUUUGGUGAAUCCGAGCUGACCCUUAUAAGUGCCAAAGUUACACAAUAACACAAACAAAAUAACUGUUUGAGGUAGCAGUAGACCUGUAUUUUCUGUAUUUGGUGAUGUUAAAUCACUGUUUUUCAUAAUGGAGUUUCUCAAGUGAACAUCUCAUAGCUUCAUUUUCCAGCUGGUAAUCACUGUCUGUGGAUAAGAAAAAGCAAAGAAAACAUUUUAAAUUUAAUGUACGCUUUGACUGAUAUUUAUUACUUUUAGCUAAAAUUUGUUUUGUUGCUGCACCACAUCAGUAGAUUGCUUCACUUCCAUGUUGUACUGGGGCCUACUUCUCCAAUCUGGGGAUGUGCAGAUUGACUUCUAUCGUAUGUUAUGUACAGUCUAGGAAUAAAUACUGCCAACAACUCCACUUCAAAAAAAAAUCCGAACUAUCCCUUUAAUAUCAAUGUCUUUUUAGCCCAUUUUAUUAUUACAUUUUC